CCAGAGAUACUCAGGGGGGGCCAGGGGCCAGCAACCACGGCCUUUCUCUCUUCUCGGGAAAAUUAUAAGCAGAUGUGGGCGCCUCGGGGAGGCAGAGAGCAAGGAGCCAGGACAAGUUGUAGGAACACUGAACCCAGAAUCUGAAACAGGCUGCGGGGGUGGCCUCUCAGGAGCCCAGCCCCUCCUGAGCUCAGGAGCCACAACAGACCCUGCUGAGGUCCUGACCUGCUUCCCACCCACUGGGCGAGGCCGGGUUGGAGGGGGCGGAGAGGAGCUGUUUCCAGAUGGCCGAUGGGGUGGCCAGAGGGAGGUGGGGGCUGCUUCUGUCCGAGGCCGGGUUGGGGACGUCCUCGGGCAGUAGUCCCCGGAGCUGGGUACGGAGGUGCCCUGGCCAGGGUUUAACAGGUGCCUCUGGCGGGUGCGGAUGAGGCUGCCCCUGGUCUGCGGUGUUGGCCCAUGUCCCCCAUGGAAGUAAUUCCCCGAGCCUGAUUUCUAGCUCCUGAUGUGUCGUCUGUGAGCGGGGAGCUGGGCAGAGACGCGCACCGUUGGCUCCCGCGAGCCCAGGCGAGCAGGUGCCCGCACGCCCGUGGUCAGGAGGGGCCUCCUUCAGGGCCACCCGGUCCCGCCCCAGCCCCGCGCCUCCUGUGGCCGCUCUCCACCUGCACACAUGCGGGCCGGGAAGCCCCCCACUUGAGGCGGCCGGCCGACUCCCUUCCGGAACCUUGGCUGUUGGAAAGUCCUUCCUCCAGCUGAGCCCAGGCUGUGGCUCUGCGCCGGUCCCCCGCUCUGCCCCUGGCCUCUGCGAUGCCACCAGCUCUGCGUGCCCUCCUUCUCCUGGGCCUGGGCCUGCGGCUGGCUGGAGCCCUCAACCCCAGUGACCCCAACACCUGCAGCUUCUGGGAAAGCUUCACCACCACCACCAAGGAGUCUCACUCCCGCCCCUUCAGCCUGCUCCCCUCGGAGCCCUGCGACCGGCCCUGGGAGAGCCCCCACACCUGCCCCCGGCCCACGGUUGUCUACAGGACGGUGUACCGCCAGGUGGUGAAGACAGACCACCGGAAGCGACUCCAGUGCUGCCGGGGCUUCUAUGAGAGCAGUGGGAUCUGUGUCCCGCUCUGUGACCAGGAGUGCGUCCAUGGCCGCUGUGUGGCACCCAAUCAGUGCGAGUGUGCGCAGAACUGGAGGGGUGACGACUGUUCCAGUGGGUGUGCCCCAGGAGUGUGGGGGCUGCAGUGUGACAAGCCCUGUCACUGUGGCAACGGCAGCUCCUGUGACCCCAAGAGUGGAGCGUGCUCCUGCCCCCCCGGCCUGCAGCCCCCACGCUGCCUGGAGCCCUGCUCCCCGGGCUACUAUGGUCCCGCCUGCCAGUUCCACUGCCUGUGCCACGGAGCACCCUGUGACCCCCAGACGGGAGCCUGCUUCUGCCCCCCAGAGAGGACUGGGGCCAGCAGCUGUGAGAUACCCUGUGUCCGGGGCACCGUCGGCUUCUUCUGCCCCAGCACCUAUCCUUGCCACAACGGGGGCGUCUUCCAGGCCUCCCAGGGCUCCUGCAGCUGCCCACAUGGGUGGAUGGGCAUCAUCUGCUCCCUGCCCUGCCUGGAGGGCUUCCACGGACCCAACUGCUCCCAAGAGUGUCGCUGUCACAAUGGUGGCCUCUGCGACCGCUUCACUGGGCAGUGUCGCUGCGCUCCGGGCUACACGGGGGAUCGGUGCCGUGAGGAGUGCCCCGUGGGCCGCUUCGGGCAGGACUGUGCGGAGACGUGCGACUGCGCGCCCGGCGCCCGCUGCUUCCCGGCCAACGGCGCGUGUCUGUGCGAACACGGCUUCACCGGGGACCGCUGCACCGAGCGCCUCUGCCCCGACGGCCGCUACGGCCUCAGCUGCCAGGAGCCGUGCACCUGCGACCCGGAGCACAGCCUCAGCUGCCACCCGAUGAGCGGGGAGUGCGCGUGCCUGCCGGGCUGGGCCGGCCUGCACUGCAACGAGAGCUGCCCGCAGGACACGCACGGGCCCGGCUGCCAGGAGCACUGCCUCUGCCUGCACGGCGGCGUGUGCCAGCCCGACAGCGGCCGGUGCCGCUGUGCGCCCGGCUACACGGGCCCGCACUGCGCCGGCCUCUGCCCGCCUGACACUUACGGAGUCAACUGCUCCGCACGCUGCUCCUGCCACAACGCCCUGGCCUGCUCGCCCAUCGACGGCGCCUGCGUCUGCAAGGAGGGUUGGCAGCCUGGUAACUGCUCUGUGCCCUGCUUACCUGGAACCUGGGGCUUCGGUUGCAACGCCAGCUGCCAGUGCGCCCACGAGGCAGCCUGCAGCCCCCAGACCGGGGCCUGUACCUGCACCCCUGGGUGGCAGGGGGCCCACUGCCAGCUCCCGUGCCCGAAGGGACAGUUCGGUGAAGGCUGUGCCAGUCGCUGUGACUGUGACCAUGCUGACGGCUGUGACCCUGUUCACGGACGCUGCCGGUGCCAGGCUGGCUGGACGGGCACCCGCUGCCACCUGCCCUGCCCCGAAGGCUUCUGGGGGGCAAACUGCAGUAACACCUGCUCUUGCAAGAACGGGGGCACCUGCAUCCCCGAGAACGGCAAUUGCGUGUGUGCGCCUGGGUUCCGAGGCCCCUCCUGCCAGAGAUCCUGCCAGCCUGGCCGCUAUGGCAAACGCUGUGUGCCCUGCAAGUGUGGUAACCACUCCUCCUGCCAUCCCUCGAAUGGGACCUGCUACUGUCUGGCUGGCUGGACGGGCCCCGACUGCUCCCAGCCGUGCCCUCUAGGACACUGGGGAGCCAACUGCGCCCAGCCCUGCCAGUGCCGCCAGGGGGGGGCCUGCCACCCCCAGGAUGGGAGCUGUUUCUGCCCCCCAGGCUGGACUGGAUACCUCUGCUUAGAAGGCUGCUCUCCGGGGAUGUUCGGUGCCAACUGCUCCCAGUCCUGCCAGUGUGGUCCUGGAGAGAGGUGCCACCCAGAGACGGGAGCCUGUGUGUGUCCCCCGGGGCACAGCGGCGCCCCCUGCAGGAUUGGAAGCCAGGAGCCCUUCACCAUGAUGCCUACCUCUCCGGUGGCCUAUAACUCGCUGGGGGCAGUGAUUGGCAUUGCGGUGCUGGGGUCCCUGGUGGUGGCCCUGCUGGCACUGUUCGUCGGCUACCGCCAUUGGCAAAAAGGCAAGGCACACCAACACCUGGCCGUGGCCUACAGCAGCGGGCGGCUGGAUGGCUCUGAGUACGUCAUGCCAGAUGUCCCUCCCAGCUACAGCCACUACUACUCCAACCCCAGCUACCACACCCUGUCACAGUGCUCACCGAAACCCCCGCCCCCGAACAAGCUUCCGGGCAGUCAGCUCUUUGGCAGCCUGCAGGUCCCUGAGCGGCCAGGGGGGGCUCACGGGCAGGAUAACCACAGCACCCUGCCUGCGGACUGGAAGCACCGCCGGGAGCCCCCUGCAGGGCCUCUGGACAGGGGUAGCGGCCGCCUGAGCUACAGCCACAGCUACCGUAGCAGCAGCGACGGCCCAGGCCCGUUCUCUGGUAAAGAGGGGCUGGGGGCCAGCGUGGCUUCCCUGAGCAGCGAAAACCCCUACGCCACCAUCCGGGACCUGCCCAGCCUCCUCGGGGGCCUCCGGGAGAGCAGCUAUGUGGAGAUGAAAGGCCCCCCCUCAGGGUCUCCCCCCAGGCAGCCCCCUCCACUCCGGGACAGCCAGAGGCGGCGACACCCCCAGCCACAGAGAGACAGUGGCACCUAUGAACGGCCCAGCCCUCUGACCUAUGAUGGAGACUCUGUGGGCUCCCAGCCCCCACUGCCUCCGGGCCUGCCCCCUGGCCACUACGACUCCCCAAAGAACAGCCACAUCCCUGGACACUAUGACUUGCCCCCAGUACGGCAUCCCCCGUCACCCCCAGUUCGGCGCCAGGACCGCUGAGAGGUCGGGGUGGUGCGCAGAGGCCAGUACCUGCCCUUCGCGGCCCGGGGCUGGGGGCAGAGCCUGCUGUACCCUGCCAGGAGCGGGGAGAGGACCGGCAGGCCGUGAACGUGAACACGCCUGACAGAGGAAGCGAAUGUCCGAGACACCGGGGCCUGGAUCCCGGGUUCCAUCGUGGGAGACACCGGUCAGCAGGAGGCCUGCCUUCCCUUUUGUAUGUUUCGCAACCUGCUGCUCCCCAGGGCCCCAAGGCCUUUGUACAUAAACUGGUGGGUUGAAUGUUGCUGGAAAACUCUGAUUUCAGAUUAAUGUCAAAAACGUAUAUUGGGCUCCUUU